UCUCCUCGGCCAUAUGAUCCAAUAGCAGAUCUCUUCUUCCAGUUCUUUCUCUACCGACUUUCACUCCGAUGGCGACGGGAUCGUGGCAAAUGACGUAAGCUAAUGACUGAGCUGCCGGCCGGAGGCCGUACUCCGGUGGAAACUCCGAAUGCUCUUUCCUCGGCGCGCUCCAGAAUCUCGCCGGACAGGAAUUCACUACGCCGCCGCAGGCGGCGGAUCCGGAGUGCCGCAUUUACCGGUGGUGAAGGCAAUAGACGAAGAACCCCAACCACUCCACUUCUACAAUGGAAGUUCAACGAAACAGUCGAUCUUUCCGGCGAGAAUGUCCUGAAAGACAGAGAGGCGGUGGGCGAGGCGCGGCCGGCCUUUUCAGCGAGGAGGCUCGCAGCUGGGAUUUGGCAACUUCGGCUGCCGGAAGGUGGUGGUGGACGGAGAAUGAAUCAGGGUUUGGAGCGACACCUGCCCUAUUCUUCCCAUGGCAAUGGCAUCAAUCUCUACCCUGAUGAUAAUUAUGAAUCCAGUAGCCCUCUUGCCAUAAAAAAUCGCAAGGGAGGCAUUGCACACAAGUGCAUUUCUCAGCUUGAUACUUCUGCUUCAUUACUACAUUUCUCAAAAGAGAGGGCAACGAAAUGGGACUCUGAAUGUCCAAACGUAUUGAAGGAUGCGUAUGACUUGUAUGGUAGUAUGAAGCUUCUCGAAGACCAGCAAUCCGACAUGAUUUCUAUUGUUUCCUUUCUCCAAUCAGAGCUUGAGCAAGCUCGGUUGAGAGUGAGUGAGCUUGAGGCGGAGCAGCAAUCGGCGAAGAAAAAGCUUGGCCACUUUGUUAGGAAAAUUGAAGAUCAGAAAGUUGCAUGGAAGAGAAAAGAGCAUGAGAAGAUCCGAUCUGUAAUUGAUUCAAUGAAAGAAGAUUUGAGUAGGGAGAGGAAGAACCGGCAGAGGCUGGAAAUUAUGAAUGCCAAGCUUGUUAAUGAGCUUACCAAGACUAAGCUGUCGGCAAAUCAGUUCUUACAAGAGUUUGAGAAAGAGAGUAAGACCCGUGAGCUUCUGGAAGAAGUUUGCAAUGAGCUAGCUAAGGAGAUUGGGGAUGAUAAGGCCGAAGUUGAGGCACUGAAGAUCGAGUCAUUGAAGACUAGAGAAGAAGUAGAAGAGGAAAGGAAAAUGUUACAGAUGGCGGAGGUUUGGCGCGAAGAAAGGGUGCAGAUGAAGUUAAUUGAUGCGAAGCUAACUCUUGAGGAGAAGUACUCACAACUAAGUGCUCUGCAGGAGGAGAUAGAGACCUUUUUGAAAUCAAGAAGUGGAAAUAACUUUGAUGUUUCUGAGAUGAAACAAGCAGAAGCUCUUAAAAAGACAGUUGGUUCCAUUAAACCUCAUGAUAUCAAACAGUUGUCUUACCAGCCCCCACCUGCUUCAGAAGACAUUUAUUCGAUAUUUGAAGAACUCCAGCCAAGAGAACAAGUUUGUGAAAGGGAGAUUGAACAAUGUAAUGGAUCUGUGACCCUUGAACCUAAUGGUCUUCUAGAGAAACCCAUUAAUGGGUGCAAUAGCUUGAUGCUUGAUGGAAAUGUUGAUGAAGAAGAUGAUAGUGGGUGGGAAACUGUAAGUCAUGUCGAAGAGCAGGACUCAAGCAAGUCACCUAAUGGAAGCGAACCCUCUGUUAAUGGAGUAUAUUUAGAGAGUCAAGCAUCGAUAAGUGGGACAGAUUGGGAUGAACUUGGAGAUGAUGAGAAACAAAAUGGUGAAAUCAAUGAGGUUUUCUCUGUAACCACAAAGCAGUCAAGAAAGAAAGGUUCCUCCAUAUCUAGGCUUUGGAAGUCAUCGCGAGCAAAUAAUGGUGAGGAUUUAAAGAGGAUUUCUUUUGAGUUAACCAGUGGCAGGCUUUGUAACGGUAGAUUAUCUAAUGCCACCGUAUCACCUGCAAGGAAGUCUGGGGAAACAGGUUUGAGCUCGUCUAGUGUGGGUAAUUGGAGCUCUCCAGAUUUGCUGAAAUCUAAUAACACAGAAGGGAUGAAAGGUCGUCUAGAUUGGCCCUGGGCCUCUAAGAAGCAAAGCUUGAAGGCAAAGCUCUUGGAAGCAAGGAUUCGAAGUCAGAAGCUUCAGCUUCGCCAGGUCCUCAAACAGAAAAUGUAACGUUGCAUCCUGGACUAAACAAUUUAUUCAAAAUUUGAACUUGGGUUUAUCCAUCACUUGAAUUUUUUUUCUGAAUUGUCUUUAUAUGGCCAUUCAGUGACUUCCUGUGGGGUAGAUUGGGUAAUGUAUUUUAUAGUUUGAGAAACUUUUAGUUACCAUUUGAUCUUUUUACGCACAGCAUUUUAAAAACGUUUGUAUUCUCUGGUUCAAUAGAUAAUUACUUUUGUUCAAGAAA